GUCCCCUCUGAGAUGGAUGGGAGCGGACAUGGGGAGCCAGGGGAUGGGACUGCCUGGUAGGUGCUGCUGCCCACGGAGGGGGAGUAGGUGGCAGCGUGGCUCCGAGGAGAUUCUGGCUUUGGAGUUCUGGUCCUCUGCCUGUUUCCCCUGCAGUGUCUCUGACCCAGAACUCCUACCCCACCCCCAGAGGUCCAGCUUCCCUGCCCAGCUCCACUCCAUGGCUUAUGGCUGGGCUCGUGCCUCAUUGUCCUCUUGUAUAGGGGGAAUAGGCAGCCAUGCGCCCCUGGGGGCUGCGGAGCGAGCGAGGUGAACCUAUACGCGCCGCGCUCGUGGACGCCCGGCCACUUCUGCCAGACGAGGACCCGAUGGCCACGAUGGCUCUGAGUUGUCGGGCCUCGAACCGGGUCUCCAGACAUUGGGCCCCUCCCCCCCAACGCGGGAGAGGCGGGGAAGGGGGCGGGGCGGGGGCGGGGCCGCAGCGCUUUUCUCCGGAGGUCGCGCGCCCGAGAGCCCGCGCUGUUAGCCACCGCUGCCUGAGUCGACUCUGCGCCGCCCGCCACGAUGGAGGCCGCCGCCCAGUUCUUCGUCGAGAGCCCGGACGUGGUCUACGGCCCCGAGGCCAUCGAGGCGCAAUACGAGUACCGGACGACGCGCGUCAGCCGGGAGGGCGGCGUCCUCAAGGUAGACCAGGGGGCUGGGGAAGGGGGCAUGCUAGGGAGAGCGGGGCGGCGCGGGGAGAAGGGCAUGGGACCCGGGGUUCACUGCGCGGCCUGUCUUCAGGUGCACCCCACGUCCACGCGCUUCACCUUCCGGACCGCCCGGCAGGUGCCCCGGCUUGGGGUCAUGCUUGUCGGCUGGGGCGGGAACAACGGCUCCACACUCACUGCCGCGGUGCUGGCCAACCGGCUGCGUCUGUCCUGGCCCACGCGCAGCGGCCGCAAGGAGGCCAACUACUACGGCUCGCUGACUCAGGCAGGCACCGUGAGCCUGGGCCUGGACGCCGAGGGCCAGGAGGUGUUCGUGCCCUUCAGCGCGCUGCUGCCCAUGGUGGCGCCCAACGACCUCGUGUUCGAUGGCUGGGACAUCUCGUCGCUGAACCUGGCUGAGGCGAUGCGGCGCGCGAAGGUGCUGGAUUGGGGGCUGCAGGAGCAACUGUGGCCGCACAUGGAGGCCCUGCGGCCCCGGCCUUCUGUUUACAUACCCGAGUUCAUCGCGGCCAACCAGAGCGCGCGCGCGGACAACCUCAUCCCGGGCUCGCGCGCGCAGCAGUUGGAGCAGAUCCGCAGGGACAUCCGAGACUUCCGGUCUAGCGCGGGGCUGGACAAAAUCAUCGUGCUGUGGACGGCGAACACGGAGCGCUUCUGUGAGGUGAUUCCAGGCCUCAACGACACAGCCGAGAACCUACUACACACCAUUGAGCUUGGUCUGGAGGUGUCGCCCUCCACACUCUUCGCCGUGGCCAGCAUCCUAGAGGGCUGUGCCUUCCUCAAUGGGUCCCCGCAGAACACCCUGGUGCCCGGAGCCCUUGAGCUCGCAUGGCAGCGCCGGGUUUUUGUGGGCGGAGAUGACUUCAAGUCAGGCCAGACCAAAGUCAAGUCCGUGCUCGUGGACUUCCUCAUUGGCUCCGGCCUCAAGACCAUGUCCAUCGUGAGUUACAACCACCUGGGCAACAACGAUGGGGAGAACCUGUCGGCGCCAUUGCAGUUCCGCUCUAAGGAGGUGUCCAAAAGCAACGUGGUGGACGACAUGGUGCAGAGCAACCCAGUGCUCUAUGCGCCCGGCGAGGAGCCUGACCACUGCGUGGUCAUCAAGUAUGUGCCAUACGUGGGUGACAGCAAGCGCGCGCUGGAUGAGUAUACCUCGGAGCUGAUGCUGGGCGGAACCAACACACUGGUGUUGCACAACACAUGCGAGGACUCGCUGCUGGCCGCACCCAUCAUGCUGGACCUCGCACUGCUGACCGAACUGUGCCAGCGUGUGAGUUUCUGCACUGACGCCGACCCCGAGCCGCAGACCUUCCACCCCGUGCUAUCCCUGCUCAGCUUCCUCUUCAAGGCGCCACUGGUGCCACCGGGCAGCCCGGUGGUCAAUGCGCUUUUCCGCCAGCGCAGCUGCAUCGAGAACAUCCUCAGGGCCUGCGUGGGGCUCCCGCCACAGAACCACAUGCUACUGGAGCAUAAGAUGGAGCGCCCAGGGCCCGUCCUCAAGCGAGUCGGACCCGUGGCUGCUGCCUGCCCUGUGUUGAACAAGAAAGGACCGGUACCCGCUGCCACCAACGGCUGCACUGGUGAUGCCAAUGGGCAUCCGCAAGUGGAGGAACCCCAGAUGCCCACCACCUGAGGCCCUGGUCACACAGCUUCCCAGCUGUUCCUCCCUGCUGCCCCCCAAGACCCCACCUUGCUAGGCCCCCACAAAGACAAUAAAGGCGCUGCCACUCUUAGCCCUCCUUCCACCCAGGGUUCUUGGGGCCUGUGA